UUCCCCUGUGGGACCAGCCAACGCCUUGCCUUGUGGGUCUGGGGUCUGCAGUGUCCUCUGCUCCCCUGCCUGUGGCUGAGGCUUGGCCCAGCUUUCUGGGGUGAGGCUCAUUUUGUUUUUCCCAGCAAGGAAUGGGUUGGCACAGUCAGCAGCUCUUCCCUUUUCUGUUCAGGCCCUGCAAAGAGGCUUUUUUGUUUCUCUGUGUGAGUGCUGCUUCCUUUUUCCAGCUUUCCUCCUGCACAGGCUCGCCUGCCCUGGCAGCACAUGCGUGCAUAUGUCUCGGCAGCAGCAGAGCGCGCUGCUUUCUGCCGGGGUGACAGAAUCCUUCUCACCCACCCACUGCGUGCAGCACGUUUCAAGCCUCCCCGCUAGGAACUUUUGUUUCCACUGUCUCUGAACUAAGCAUCUGAGAUCUGUGCCCACCCUGAACCACAUGGGUGAGCUGUGCUGGUUUAUCCAGAGGAGCCAUUCAGCGCUAUCUCCAGACUGCAGGGCUGCUGCCGCUGUGCCCGUCCCGCUGCAUCCUGAGCCCUUUGGGGUUGCCUCCUCCUGCAGGCACCAGGGCAGCUCUGCAGGGUGUUGCCGCUCCAGUUUCCCCCGUAUUUCUGGCAUUUGUGGCCCAGGGAGAGAGGCUAGAACAGCUGUUAGACUGAUGACGGCAUUAAGUUGAGCAGGUCGUGGUCUUUUGGUGCAAGGGUCCUGUGGCAGCCCUGUGGGUUAGCAGGGCGAGCACUGUUGAGGGGUUGUACUGGCAGCCUGUACAGCUGCAGUUUUGGUUGUUGUGGCAAACAUGGCCAUGUAGUGGUAGGGAAUAUGGAGGUUGUGAGGAUACGUUGUGUUGUUGAGGUGCACUUGACCGCUUUGUUCCCUGCAGCUUUUUGCAAGCCUCACCUUUUGCUUCGUUUGAAAACUUGUUUCCUGUUUGUACAAACCACAUUGGCUCCUCUGCUCUCUGUGCCUGCGCAGGGCUUUUCCUGUGCACCUUUUGUUUGAAGCCGAGCAGAAAUGUUUCAGUGAGAGACAUUGGGGUGGAGGGAAGUGGGGGAGGGACGGGAUGAUGGCAUAGCUGAUUUCUUGUUUUUUUCUUUUUUAUCUCCCUCUCUUGCCCAACCAUGGCUUCUUAAGUCCUCCUUUAACGAUCACUGAGCUGUUUGGAUGCUAGGUGGUGCUUUUGCAUCUUCUGUCAGGUUCUGGCAGUUGCUUUUUCAAGUUUUCUAAGUGUUCUUUAGCUAAAAAUGUACAGCAAAGCUGGAAAUGAGGGUGCUGUGAUGGAGCAGUGUGACUGAAUCCCAGAGAUGCCCACCUACAAGGCCUGGGCUAUACGUGUUGCUGAGGUUGCAUGUCCACACUGCUCUGUCACACACGUGUGCCUUUGGCUAGGACUCAACACACAGCAGUAAGCCCAUUGUCAGGCAGGCAUCUGGAAGGGAAGCCGAAGAGUCUGAAGGAAGAGAACCAGGCUGGAAAGUUGACACGGUGAGCACACACAGGUGCAGCAUUAGCUGAUGGGACAGCAGCCACAACAAACUUCGCGUGUUUUCCUGGCAUGGUUCUUGCCCUGGGUCAGAGUCACUGGGUAAUGCUGACCUCAGGGACACUCACUGCCCAGGUGGCCGAAGUGCAGCCAAAAUGGUUUGAAACGAGACUGGACCUCACUGCUGGAGGUGGAGUGUGUGUGCACUUUCGGUUUAAUGCUUGUCCCAGUAGAUAAGGAGUGGGCAGCAUCAGUUUGUGUGGGUGGCAUUUUCCUGCUGCUCAUUGCCAGUGUGUGGCUUUGUGAGUUGCAGGCUUGUUUGUUACAACCAUUCUGUAUUUGAAGAUAACUCGCCCAGACUUUCAUAUUUUGCUGUUCCUACUGACACCAGUGAAGUGUAUUGGCCGGGUGCUUUGCAUCCCACUGACUUUAGAAGCAACUGCCUCACUGCUAGAACAGCAAAAACUGUACUUGAGGAGCUCUCGCUGCCUUGGUUAUUGGAGCAGUGCUGACUGGAACAUGUACUAUAUUUAAAGCUGAUUUCAUUAAGAUAAGGAAGGGAGUGUUAUUACUGGUAAUUUCUCAUCAGCCUCUUUUCCAGCUUCCAAGCCUGCUAACUCUAUCUUCUGCAUCUGGCGCUCAUCAUGACUGCAUUUUGUUGCCCAUCCUUUCCUUUCUCCAGCCUGUUGGAUGAGGUGAGGAAAAGCUCUCCUGCUCCAGUUGGACCGCUGCGUGUGGAGUUCUCCCAGCCUGUGAACCUGGAGGAGGUGGCGAGCACAAACCCUGAGGUCAGGGAAGGAGGUCGUUUUGCUCCAAAGGACUGCAAGGCUCUGCAGAAAGUAGCAAUCAUCAUCCCGUUCCGAAACCGAGAGGAGCAUCUGAAGUACUGGCUCUAUUACAUGCACCCAAUUCUUCAAAGGCAGCAGCUAGAUUAUGGAGUGUAUGUCAUCAACCAGGAUGGAGAUGAAGAAUUUAACCGUGCUAAACUGCUGAAUGUAGGAUUCAUGGAGGCUUUGAAGGAGUAUGACUAUGAGUGCUUUGUGUUUAGUGACGUAGACCUGAUCCCGAUGGAUGACAGGAACACCUACAAGUGCUACAGCCAACCAAGGCACCUUUCUGUCUCCAUGGAUAAAUUUGGAUUUAGGUUACCCUACAAUCAGUAUUUUGGAGGCGUGUCUGCCUUGAGCAAAGAACAAUUCACAAAGAUCAAUGGGUUCCCAAACAAUUACUGGGGCUGGGGCGGCGAAGACGAUGACAUUUACAACAGGUAAAGCUGCCCACCUUGCAGCUGGAGCACCUCCACCCAUCAGGACCUGCCUUCAGGGGGCUUGGGGUGCAUGGUGGGAGGGGGAGGAGAAGAUCACCACCCACAGAACCCAUCCCAAGGCUCUGCAGGUGGCAGCCUGCCAGUGCAUCUCUUUGUGCCCGGGAGGGAUUCGUCUGUCAGGUUUUAAGGAGCUCUAAACAAUGCUGGAAGCCUUUGCUUCCCAUCGAGAGGAAGGCUGAGCAAUGCCCACGAUUGCAGAUGAAGUGGGAUGUCUUAGUGCAGGGCAGGCUGGGCCCAGUUCUGCCGGAAGGUGGGGGCAGAGGAUGUCUGUGGGGUUGCUACCUUUGUUCCCAGGAAGAUGGGGCAAUCACUUUGAGAUAUAAUCCUGGGAACUCAGAUUUGAGAAGCUUUUGACUGCAAGAUACACCCUGCAUGGUCCUUUCUUUGGGCUUUCCAAACUCUCCUGACCUUCAGGGAGAGCUUCCUUGAGCAGAAGUGCUGAGGAUCUGCAGCUGUCCAGUAAACCAAGAAAGGUGAAAUCUUGUCUUUUGAGGCACUUGGCUUUCUAGGGGUAGGAAACCUAUUAAAAAAAAAUAAAAAUAACAACAAACAAACAAACAAACAAAACACAGAGGGAGAUACAGAAAGGAAGAAUUCAAGCACGUUCCCAGCAUUGGCAUCUGUGAUGUGCACGUGCCUUGUAGAGAGCCCACCAAUUUGAUGGGCUGCCCCCUCCCCG